GUUUCUUUGUCUAGUUCUCGAAUAUGUUGAUGGAAAAUGGGCUUAUGAUGAUUCUGGUGCUCUCGGAGAAAAUACUGCUAGAAAGUAUUUGCGGGAUGUAGUUGCUGGCCUCAUGUAUCUUCAUGCUCAUAAUGUAAUUCAUGGGGACAUCAAACCAGACAAUUUGUUUGUUACUAGUACCGGGAGAGUGAAAAUAGGAGAUUUCAGUGUCAGCCAAGUAUUCAAGGAUGAUGACGAUCAACUCCGUAGAUCUCCCGGGACUCCUGUCUUUACUGCCCCGGAAUGUUGUUUAGGUAUAACAUACAGUGGCAAAUCUGCAGACACAUGGGCAGUGGGAGUUACUUUGUAUCGUAUGAUAUUAGGAGUAUACCCAUUUCUGGGUGAUACACUUCAGGAUACUUAUGACAAGAUUGUGUACAACCCGUUGAUAAUCCUGGAUGAACUGAAUCCUCAUCUCAAGAACUUGAUCGAAGGUCUCCUUUGCAAAGAUCCAAACCAGAGGAUGACGUUGAAAGCUGUGGCUGAACAUCCAUGGGUUACUGGAGAAGAUGGGGCUAUUUCGGAAUACUUUUGUUGGUGUAAACGCAAAGCUGGAGAAGAGGAAACAACUUAAUGGGAUUGAAAAUGUAGCUGAAAGGCUAGGAACAGUAUACUUGAACAUGGCAAAGGCAAUCAUAUCGUUGUGUGUCAGCAGUCAGAACCGUUUGUGUUGGUUGUAAUAGUUCUUUGUGGCAUUUUUACUCAAUGCCAUCAUCUUUGAGGCUCUUGAUCGUCUGAUUUUUCUGUUUGCUCUCUUCAAUUUUUUUCUUUUUUGUUAUAAAGGAAACAUGUUUUGGGUCGACUUUGCUAUUUGAAAUGUUAUAAUCUUUGUAUAAACCAAUGAUGUUUAUUUUCUUUUUUGUGUGUGUGGGGUAAACUUUAAAAAAAAAAAUUGAGACAUUUCACUCAAA